AUGGAGACCAUAAAAACGUGCAAUUUGAGUGCCCACCAGCAGCUCUGCUCAUUCAUGUCACUUUCUGAGGAUGAUGACCUGGCGCAGCUGAUUCUUGAGGAACUUGCCUUCUCAAGGCGUGCAUUCAUGGGUAUAGCAGCAAGGAUUGCUAACUCACCAUCGAGCAUAUCGAUGUCUGGACUUGAUUCGAUCUCUGAAGACGAAGAGGGGGAGGGAGAAGAAUAG